CACCAAACAAAACAAGUACACACAAUCAAGAUCGAGCUCGCGCGUUCCAAUCGCACGACAGCGAUUCGAGCCUUUUUUGCUGGAUGCAGCCUUGGCGCCAAUUCGGAUUUGGCGCCACAACGCGCGAUCCAGCCACGAAGCAGCAGCGCGUCGCAUCCCCAGACCACUCCUCGUCAAGCGCUUCCUGCGUCAGUGCUGAUGCCAGCACUCGUUCCCAAACGACGACGAUGACCACGACGACGCGCACAGACGACGCCGUCCUCGCGUGGAUGCUCGCCUUUGCGUGCGAACGCCGCGAUCGUUCUUUCGUCCAAGCACUCGCGACCGUGUGUCCAGUCGAGCGACUCGAGCCGCCGGAUGGGCUCGCAGCAUCCACAUCGCAUGGAUUGAUCAUCACGGGGCUGUCUGAGCUGGCCGAGCGCGGGAAGGCGAGCGAGUUGCCAGCCGCGCUGAAUCUGCUUGAAGCGAUUGGUCCCAUUUGCUACGACUCGUCCCAACCUCAGACCAUUCUCACUCCACCAGAUCCGCACAAGUACUUUGAGCUCACAACCGAUCUUCGAACAGAAGCCAUCAUGACAGAGUUGGGAUCCGCGCCGUUUAACAUUGAUCGUUGCAUUUUGGCGAUGAAUCGAUUUCUCCCCACAAAACUUGACGCCGCAACAAGCGCUUGGUCGGAGCGGGUCGACGAGCUGGAGCACCCAACCUUUCACUCGGCACUGCAUGAUGCCCUUGGUACUCGCGCUCUUUUGCGUCGGCGUCUUAUGCGCGUCUUUUUGCAAGACGAACAGCGCUUGGCCAUUGUGGCGCAACAUCGAGCGUGCAAGCUGCUUUCUGUCUGUUGGUCGAAUGUGACGAAGUUUGUUCAGGCACUGCAUUGUCGGCCCCUUGCGGCGCGAAUGCUCCUUGCUCAUGUCUCAACUUUGCGACUAUCGGAACCACGCUACGAGCGAGUUGGCAUCGCAUCUGGAUCUGACGCACCGUUUCCAGCACCAUCAAACCGAUCUCGUGGUCGGCGAAACACACAAACCAAGGCACUGUUACGUUCGCUUUCUCCCGACCGCCCAGCUGAAACUGCCGUAGCACCAACACUGGCAGCAGCACUUCCGACCGCCGGGCGUAGCAACGGCAGCAUGGCGGUCGCAGAAGCGGAGCUUUCGGACGAGUUUGCAUCUUCACAACAGCUCAUCUUGUUUGCAGCCGACGCGUCGUUUGCCCUGGCCGCAGCUGCGGCUGCUGCUGCUCAAGAGCCCUCUCGGACUGGCAGUGCGGGCUCACCCAUGCAUUCAUCCCAAGCUUCCUCCGCAGGAUCCCAGACUGGCAUCCAAAUGUUUUCGCAGCGGACCCAGCCCUCUGUUGGCGUCAAACGACGGCUUUCGCUGCCCGCACUGGACGAUUCGCCAACAAGUUCUCGUGCUCGCAUUACGUGA